GAGAGCCCGAGAGGGUUUUGAAUGUGAGCGUGCGCUGUCCGAGGGAGAGAGGAAGGGGAAAGAUGGCGGAAAACAAAGGUGGGACUAGUAUCGAGGCAAACGGCGUCAGUGAGGAAAAGAGCGGCCUGCCCGACAAAGACGGGGAGGCCCGGGAGAAGCCGGAUCUGGAGGCGGGCGCGAUGCUGGCGGCUGUGGUGACGGUAACGACAUCAACGCCGACAGCAGCGGUGACGACACCGACGACGACGACACCAUCGCCAACGGCCGCGCCGGUCACCGUCUUCGAGGUGCCGGGGCCUGGAGCCAGUCCGGUUCUCAGCCCGGGGGCGUGCCUCAGCUCGGCGCCGAUCUCUGCUACAUCCGCUCCCCCUCCAGGUCCGAGCCCAGGACCAGGACCGAGCCCGGGCUCCGGACCGAGUCCGGCGCCAGGACCUAGUCCGGGAGUGGGCCCAGAAAAAGCAGCAGCGGCGGCGGCGGCGGCGGCGACCGCCUCCUUGGAGGUGAACCUGAACCUAUUGGACGAGUGCGCCGUGUGCCGAGAUACUCUACAGGGAAAGGAGCCCAAGCUGCUCCCAUGCCUUCACUCUUUCUGCAAACGUUGCUUGCCGGAACCCGAGCGGCAGCUGAGUAUUCCCAUUCCCGCCGGGGGCAACAAUACUGCAGGAAAUAACGGGGAAUCGCCAGCUAUUCAGCAGGUGGGUGUUAUCCGCUGCCCAGUGUGUCGACAAGAAUGUAGACAGAUAGACUUGGUCGAUAACUACUUUGUGAAGGAUUCCACAGAAGGCGUAAACAAUUCUGAUGUAAAGUCAUGUCAGGUAUGCACAAGCUGUGAAGAUAAUGCAGAGGCUAGUGGAUUUUGUGUGGAAUGUCUUGAAUGGCUCUGUAAAACAUGUGUAGAAGCCCACCAGAGAGUGAAAUUCACAAAGGAUCAUACAAUAAGAAGAAAGGAAGAUGUUUCACCAGAGGCUGUAGGAGCACCUAGCCAGCGCCCUGUAUUUUGUCCCAUCCACAAGCAAGAGCAGCUGAAACUUUUCUGUGAAACGUGUGAUAAACUGACCUGUAGAGACUGUCAGUUAUUGGAGCACAAGGAGCAUAGAUAUCAAUUUUUAGAAGAAGCAUUUCAAAACCAAAAAAUUAUUAUUGAAACUUUAAUGGCCAAACUUCAAGAAAAGAAGAAUUAUGUGCAGUAUGCAGCUAGCCAAGUUCAGAACAGGUUAAAUGAAGUCAAUGAUACGAAUAAGAAAGUUGAGCACGAUAUUAAAGUUGCUAUCUUCACUCUCAUUAAUGAGAUAAACAAGAAGGGCAAGAACCUGCUGCAGCAAUUAGAGAAUGUAACGAAGGAAAGACAGAUAAAGUUACUGCAGCAGCAGCAAGAUGUUACCAGUCUUGCUAGGCAGGUGGAGCAUGUGAUGAAUUUUGCAAAGUGGGCUAUCUCCAGUGGAAGCAGUACAGCACUACUUUACAGCAAGCGUCUGAUUACUUUUCAGUUGCGCCAUAUUCUUCGAGCACGUUGUGACCCAGUUCCAGCUGCUAAUGGUGGCAUGCGCUUUCACUGUGAUCCUACAUUCUGGGCAAAAAAUGUGGUGAAUCUAGGUAAUCUUGUGAUUGAAAACAAGCCAAACCCUCCAGGUUAUACUCCCAAUGUAGUUAUUGGACACAGUUCCCAAGCUCAAGGACCAGCUGGGGGAAAACCUCAGGGUCAGAUUAACCUUGCACAGCUACGCCUCCAACAUAUGCAGCAACAAUUUGCACAGAAGCAACAACAGAUGCAACAGAUGAGAAUGAACCACCCAGUAGGACAACAUCCCAGGACGACUGGACCACAGAUGGUGCAACAGCAGCCUCCACGUUUGAUUAGCAUGCAGACCAUGCAGAGGGGAAAUUUGAAUGGUGCAGCGCUUCAAGCCCACCAGGCUCAUCAAGCCCAUCAGAUGAGAAUGGCACAAAAUGCUGCUCGCAUGGCUGGGAUGUCUCGACACAAUGGUCAUCAGUACCAAAUGAUGCCUCAGAUAUCACGCCAGCAUACGAAUCCUGGCCAGACAGGGCAGUUUUCUGCAUCGUCUGUGCACAACAGCAUUCCAAAUCCAAACAGUCCAACAACAGCUACUCUGGCUGGUGCAAAUCGUGGGCCCACCAGUCCCACUGUUGCCACAAUAGAGCUGAUUCCUUCAGUCACAAACCCGGAGAAUCUUCCAUCACUUCCAGAUAUUCCACCCAUUCAGCUGGAUGAUGCAGGCUCUAGUACCUUGGAUAAUCUUUUGAGCAGAUUUAUCUCAGAGAGUCACCACCAUCCUCCACUACCACCUCCAUCUUCCUCCAGUUCAAAUCCAUCACCUGGGCCCUCAGCACCAUCACCUGGACCAGCAAUUGCAGCCUUAGCGAUGGCUAAUUCCCAUACUCCAGUCAGACCUUCAAGUACCUCUAGUACUGGUAGCAGAGGCAGUUGCAGCUCCUCUGGUAGAGCUCACGGAACAGAGAAAGGGAUCUCAGUCUUUCGAACAGAUCAGGUCAAAGUGAAACAAGAGCCAGGUACUGAGGAUGAUGUGUGUAGUUUCACUGGUGCUUCUGUAAAACAUGAGCAUUUGGAAGAUGGACGGAGAAGUGCUUGCAUGAUGAGCAGUCCUGAAAGCAGUUUGACACCACCUCUUUCCAACAACCUGCAUUCCGAAAGUGAGACUGAUAUAGAAGGGCUUCGAAACAUUGAAAACCAUGUUAAGGUAGAGGCUUCAGACAGGACUGGAAGCUGCAGACAACUGGGUAAUACCUUUAAUGGAAAGUCUCCAAUCCGCAACUUUACACAUCGUUCACCACGUGUUGGAGGUGACAACAACAACAAUAAAGAGGAAGACCCCAAUGAAGAUUGGUGUGCAGUGUGUCAGAAUGGAGGAGAUUUGUUGUGUUGUGAUAAGUGUCCAAAGGUCUUCCAUCUAGCUUGUCAUGUACCUACGCUUCUCAACUUUCCCAGUGGGGAGUGGAUCUGCACAUUUUGUCGUGACCUGUCCAAACCUGAAGUAGAGUAUGAUUGUGACAAUUUGCAUCACAUUAAGAAGGGAAAAUCUGGCCCAAGCUUGUCCCCAGUUGACCAAAGGAAAUCAGAACGUCUCUUAUUAUAUCUGUACUGUCAUGAAAUGAGCAUUGCAUUCCAAGAACCUGUUCCUUCAUCCGUUCCUGAUUACUACAGAAUUAUUAAAAAUCCAAUGGAUUUAUCCAGAGUGAAAACAAAAUUACAGAAAAAACACUCUCAGCAUUACCAAACACCAGAAACCUUUGUGGCUGAUGUAAGGCUGAUUUUCAAAAACUGUGAAAAAUUCAAUGAAGUUACCCUAUUACCUGGGGUUCAAAAUGGUCCUCAAGUCUUCAUGGGGACCAAAGAAAGGGAAAUGAGAACCAAGGCAGACUCCGAAGUGGCUCAAGCUGGAAAGGCUCUUGAAAGUUAUUUUGAAGCAAAGCUACAGGAAGUUUAUCCAGACAGAACCUUUACACCUCUAAUGGAAUCGGAUUCUGAUCAUGAAGAAGAAACUCGUAUAAGUGAGGAUUCAGAUGAUGACUUUGUUCAACCUAGACGAAAGCGGCUAAAGUCAGAUGACAGACCAGUGCACAUUAAAUAAUUUUCUCCUUCUUGCGGGGAGAUGAACUUGUUAGAUCUUUUUUGCCCUUCUCACUUGAAGUGAGCCGAUACACCUGUGGCUAUCUGCUUGUUGAUUGUAAAAGCUGAUACCCACCAAACAGUAUUUAUUAGAGUUUUAAAAUGUUUUUGUACAGAUAAAUAAGACUUUGUUGCAUUUGUUCAUUUCCUGAAUACCAGGAGUUUUUCCAGACUCUGCUUUUUAAAAAAAAAUCCUUGCCUUUACUGAUGUAAUUAUGAUUAUUUGUGGUAAAUGUUGUAGAAGGCUUGUAUUUUAUUGGCAUGCACAACAGAAUAUUUAUUAACUCUACACACCUUUAAUUUGCAUAUUUAGAAUUAAAAGUUUUAUUUGUAUAAAAUGAAACCAGCCCAAUUAUCACUUUGGAUACAUAUACUUGAUCUUGCCUUUCAAGUGGCUGUCGUGUUUAAUUAUCUUGUUUCAGUAAUUGAGCCUUCAGAACAGAUUAAAUAUUCUGUGCUAUCCAUAUCAGUGUUCUUGAUUCCAAUGUGGUGUACAUGUGCACUAUAAUAGUUGCUACUACACCAUGAACUGUUUAAGGAUUACAGUUGACAUACCUUUGUAUCUUUAAAAAACAAAACUUAUUUGUUUCCAAUUAAUUAUACUUAGUGAAUUUUAUAUGUGUUUUGACAGAAACAAAGGACAGACAGAUGUGAACAAUAUCAUGGUCUAUGAUACGGUUCCAACAUGUUUCAGCAAUCUAUCUUACUACUUCUUCUCUGUACUAUCUGGAUGAUGUUCCAGUACUUUCCCCCUUGGGCUUUUGUUUCCAUGUUUUCAAAGUUAUCGCAGAAUUCAAGGCAAUGCCAGAGUACUUAAAUGCUUGUUGAUCUCAUUCUUUGUACUCCGGGGUCUUCAUAAUUUGAUACCACAUAAACUGAGAACAGAAUCUUGAGUUGCUUUCUUAAUUGAAAGGUGUAUAUACUUGAUUAUUAAUCAACUGGAAUUUAUUUUUCUAGCUCAUUAACUGUUAAGUGGAUUUGACAAGUCAUUGAUUUAGUGGGUGUAUCAUAUCUCUUGUCCUUUGGAAUCUUUCCAUAAAUUUGGCAGGAGCUACUGAUAUUUCUCCAUGCUGGUUGAGAUGGUGCAAAGUGAAAUUAAUUUAACUAGUCUCAACUCAGGGCUCAGUCCAAAAAAAAAACACAAGUAUAUCCAUAAUGCCCAGAAUUUGAUGCCAACUUGUGAUGUCUGUCCUAAGAGUGGUUGGAAAUGAGUCACAAUAGUGCAAAUAGCACAACAUGAUAUUUCAAAAUUUUAUGUUUAGUGCCUUUAUUGAGUAUGUUGAAUAUCGGAAUGUGAUCAGCAACAACAGAUAAACUAUUUAGUCAUGGAGUUUGCUGCUGGGUAAAGAUUUGAAAUUUAUACUUAAGGGUACUAACAGAUUUGUCAGCUUUCCUGUGGCUUCAUUUCUAAUUCAGGAGCUGAUGUAUCAACUGCAUUUGAGUUUUUAUUUACAAUGGAGGAUUACUGAUGGAGAUGAAAAUGAUGAGACAUUGCAAACUGUGGUCUACAUCAUACUGCUCUUCUUCUCUUUGGAACUUUGUGCCAUUCAUGCUGAGAGCCAGAAGUGGAUAUGUGAACAGUUAAGAAUGGAACCACAGGAGUUUACUCUGCUAACAAUGAGCUAUUCACUUACAAUUUGAAACUAGUUGCAACAGAUACAUUUGGAAUUGGUAUAGCUACUUAAUUUUAUAACAUGAAAUCUCAACAGGAUUAAUAAGAAAUUAGUGCAAAUUAUUCAUUUAAAAGGUGCAAGCAGAAAGCUGAAAAUAUUUAAACAAUUUAAUGCCAUCUAAAUGAUUUUUCUGUCAGUAAUAUUGUACAAAAAAUAUGAAGUUUAUGAAUGGAAUAGGCACUGAGACCAAGGCAUCUGAAACCUGUCAGAUAAUGGAAUAUGCACUGAGUGAUUACUGUAUGACUUGUACAAUCUGAGUCUGGACAAAGGUGAGUAUGGUAUCAUGGCACCCACAACCUAUGUCUUACAGCACAAAAUGAACAUUAAUAAAUAGUUUGAACCAUGAAUUAUGAAGUGUCAAAAUUCCUGGAGGAUUAGAAUUAUGGGCAUUAAUCAAAUCCUUAUGUUUUAAUGUGCAAGAAUCCCCAUGCAAUCCAUUUAAUUUAUGCAAUGCUAAAUUUUAUGAAGGUAGUUGAGAUAUUUUUUUCCUGGUACUGCUGUGCAACUGGUUGAUUUCUAUGUCUUGCUCUCCUUAUAAUUGAUGUGCUGCAUAUGGUAUUUUACAGUGAAGGUUUUAAAUGACAUAUAGCUGGAGUUCAUAUAGCCCUUCAACUAAAUUUUCAUAAUGCUAGUUGCUGCUGACGGUAAGAUUUUCUUUAGAAAUCUACAUGAAUCCAAUUAAUCUUUCAACUAAUUUCUGGACCUUGUCUCAUGUAUUGAUCAAUCUUAGUUCAAUUUGUGUAUUUUUUUCUGCUUCUGUUCUGAUAUUCCUUUGAAUUUUGAUUUGAUAAAAAAUGACACAUUAGCUGGUGAUUAACAAAUUUGUAAUAGGUAAUGAUGAUGGUACUCAUUGAUGAAGUUGCAAAUCAACUUCUUAACUCCAAAGAGCAAAUACAAUGUUUGGGUAGGGUUUUUUAAACCCAGAAUUUAUGCUUUUCAUGUAUUUCAGUAGACCAUAUUAUAAUCUGAUCAUUGUGAAUUUGGAACAAAGUUGCAUUAAUUCUAAACAAUUGAUUCUUACUGUAAUUCUGUCAAGCACCAGAAAAUACUGGUGCUGGUAUUCAGUUGAAAAGAUGGAGUGGACCAUUCAUAUAUGCAAUGUCUUGCAAUCAACAGAACCAAUGUAAGAUGAAUUGUGAAGUUGCAAUAAUAGCAUACUUAUUAGUUGUGCUUUACUACAUUGUGAUUUGUGGAUUACCUGAAAUUUAAAUUGAUUGUAUGACAUGAUAUUGAUGUUAUGAAUUGGAGCAGGUUGAAGGAACUUGGACUUGAUCAUACAGCAAACAUUACUUUGUAUUCACAAGCUGUUUGUGUAUGCCAUCAAAGUAUACAGCCUUAUUAGCUACUGAUCAUAAACUUGAGUCAAUCGUCCUAUGGAUGAAUUUUAAACGACUUAAGCUGUCUUUUUUUAAUGAUUGCCAGUUAUGACUGUUGCACCCGCUGUGUUUUUGCUAGUUUUGUAACUUAAAGUUUACAGUAUUUUUGUCAAAAUGAGUUAUUUAAAAGCCUGUCAACAGUUUGUAAAUAUUAAUUGUUAAAAAUAUUAUGGAAUGUUGUGUUGUAGAUGAUAAAAAUUGUUGCAUUAGAACAGAAGGAAAGCUUUAAUUGGAAAUAUUCUCCCUGGUCAUUUCUAUUAAAUUGUACAGUGGCAAGGGCCAUGUAGUGAGGAGUGUUUUCCUUGUGCUUAAAAGCAGAUGUGGCCUUCAAUUCAGCGCAGGCUUCACUCAAAUAAAACUCAAGGUGUUAUUUCUGUUGAGAUGAUUAUUGUUUGUUCUAUUAAUAAAAGAUACUAGAUUUUUAA